AAAAGAAAAUCAAACUAUUUGCAAUGAAAAAAUAAUAAAAAAUUAUUUCAAAUCGAUUUUAAAAACAUUUACAUAUGUUAUAUAUUUCAUAAAACAAUAAAAAUAUUAAAUUAUAAUAUUUUUAAAAUAUUUUUUUAUUUUAAAUAAAUAUUUUAAAUAUUUUUUAAAUCCUUGAUUCAUUCAUCUUAAAGCCCCACUAAAUCUUUAAGAAAUGGUUGUCUCAUUCUUCCAAGGAUACACAUGUCAAACUCAGAGAUUAUCCUUCCGUAUGUACUAUUAGGACUUAGGAGAUGAACUUUCAGACGAGCAAUCAACCAUCUGUCCUGGCCAGAUCAUUCAGAUGACUCAAAUCGCUUUCCUCCCGUGUAUCAAAUUACAAGAUUUUUAAAAUGAAAUGUUAGAUUAGAUUCAGAUAAAGAAAAACCUCUUUUUACAAUAAAUGUGACUUUGUUUGAAACCUAACUACUUUUCUAGAAAGAAACAUCUCAACCCGAACCAUAGCUGCUUUGCCUUGUCAUACUUUUGUGAGCUUUCCCACACACUUAAUCAAUUCGGUUCUGUAUGUGUUUGUCAAUGUAGCUUGCUACCAGAGUCGGGUCUGAAUGAGGCUCACCAUGACGUUGAUCAUCAAAUUACAAGAUUAAAUCCUAUUAUCAUAAACCUAAUUUUAUUUAGAACAUAUUAUACUCCAUCCGUAUCUAAAAAAUCCAUGUUUUAUAAUUUUCACACUUUAAUAAAUCAUAUUAAAAUUUAGCUAUAAAUGCAUAUUUUUAUAAUUUUAUAUUUCUUACAUUUUUAAACUAAUAAGAUUUUAUGAAUUGCAAUUAAUGUUCUUAAACUUCACAAUUUCUCGUUAUUAGUUGACAAAACUUAUAUUAAAAAUAUAAAAUAUGUAUUUUUUUUGAAACAAAAGUUUUUUAUAGAAUAUGGAUCUUUUAAAAACAGAGAGAAUAGUAAUUUAAAAAUUGUUAGUAGGAGAAGAUAAUGUUGAAAAGUCAAAUGAAUAGUGAUUAUCCCAUAAAUCAACCACCAACGUUAAUCCAACUCUUUUUUUUUACGCUAAUUUAUUAUGACAUUACAAUUAUGGAAAAUAUUACAUAAUCGAUUUAACGUUAAUCCGACUUUAAUAUUAUAAAUAUAUAUCUUUUGUAAUUGCUAUAAAUAGGCAUCUCAUUAUUUUAGUUUUUAGGCAUCUUUUAGUUUACGAUUGAGAAACAAAACAAAUCAAUUAUUGUAGCAUUUUUGGGCAUCUGUUGAGCAUCUUUUAGUUUACUAUUGGACAAUCAGCAUGAAAAGAAUACUUUUAGUUCUAAUAAAUAGUAAAUUUCAUAUUGAAAGAUAAGUGUUAUUAUAACUUAUGUGUCCAGCAACACCAUAGAGAUUAUGAGUUGAAUCGAAAUAGCAGUCCUUUCCACAUAUUUAUGAUCAUCAGCAUCGGUUCUUCUUACACGACCAAUUGGAAUUUCACCAAUGAUGUGUUCCAUAAUCCUUGAUUCCAUCACUUCCUACAAAAUGAAAUUUGCAACAUAUGAAAACAAAUUAAAAGAAUUUUAUACAUACAUAUAUAGAGAGAUAAAAAUUUACCAUAACUCCAACUUCAUUUACUAAUGUUAUCACUUCGAUUAAAUGACAAGUGUGACUCUUGACCUAAGAGUCAUCAUUGUUUUUGAAAAUUUUGAGAAUGAUGUGAACAAGACAAUGCUCUAUGAAAACAUAUUGUGGAAAAUUGAAUUUUGUAAGUGAAAAGUAAACAUAUUGUGGAAAAAGAGUUGGAUAUCCUUUUCCACUAGCCAUAUUAACUAAAACGUUCAUAAGUGACAUGUGAUCUUCGUUGUAGUUGUUAUCACUGAAAAGUACAUGGAACCCAACAUAAAAAUGAGAUUGAUAAAAAAAAUAAGGGUUAAAAGGUAAAAUUUACUUACCGUAGACCAAUUUCACGAUAGCAGGAUAACAUUUAGUAGUAGAAUGUUAUUUGAAUGUAUUAUGAGCAUGCUGCUUAUAGGACUCACACCCUUUAUUUCCGCUAAUUUUGAGGAUCUCCUUAAGACAAAUCAAGGUAGAGGAGAGAAUAACUGGAUUGUCAAUUUUGAAAACAGCACAAAACUUUGAUAUACAUCCAUAAAGCAAUUUGCAAUUGAUAAAUUUCAAUCAUCUCUAUUAUUAAAACAUAAUCAUUAUCAUGGACCUAACUUUUUGUAAGUUUUUAAAUUAAAUACAUUAUUCUAUUAUAUAGUUAUAUUCCAUCUUCUAAUUAUAGAAAAUAACAUUCUACUACUAAAUGUGUUUCCAAACAACACAAUAACUAAUCUUGUGUCUAAGCAAUGUAAGACAUUAGGUCCUACCUUUUUAAUAACUUUUAUUUAUCUUUAAAAAAAAAUUAUUUGAUUUAAAACCACUCAAUCAAUUUAUAAAAAGUUGAAAAUAAGUAUAAUUUUUUUUUGCAGGUUUAUAUACUACAAAAAUUACUUAAUAUGAAAUUAAUUAAAUUAAUAUACAAGAACAUAUUAUUAAAUGGUUUUUAUUCUUAAGAACAUAUAACUAUAUAUAUAUAAAAACAUAUAUCUAUAUAUGCGAGAAUAUGCUUGGUUUAAGUUGUCAUCAAAUAGUUUUAUACAAAUAAAAUGUUAGAGUCAAUAAAUUUACGUCAUAUAAGUUUUAUAACUAAAAUUUUAUCAAAUAAAUAUAUAUCACAAUUUAUAUCUAAAAUAACCUCUCUUAGUUGCUUUGUGAGACCGAGUUGGUGCGGUUUGGUUGCAUGUGUGCUCAAUAAUUAACAGGCUGAUGCAUUUUUGCGUGUCGCCAGUUUGUUGUGUGUGUGUGCCCCCAGGCUGUGACUUUGGGUUUUUCUUUUUUUUUUGGACAACACUUUGGGUUACUAUAAUAUUCGAAAACCUUCACAUUCAUGAAUGAAGAGAGAUUUACUUUAUUUCUUAUGGUCAUUAAUUAUCUCGAUGUAGAGAAGAUAAAUUGUGUGGCUCAAAAACUUGGACAACCAUUUUAACAAAAUCUUCUGUAUACUAGAGAAAUGGAUGGUGUGUCAUGGCGAACUAGAGAACGGAACAAGUAAUUAUUCUCCAUUUUCACUCAUUCUAAAUACAUAUAAAAUCUCACGUGUCUAUGUGAAAUGAUUUGCUAUAGAUGUACCAAGCCUAGGAUAUAUGACGUACAACUGCUUUAAUUUUUAAAAGAACAGAGUAUUCAAAUUUUUUUCUGAUUGUUGAUAUAAAAGCUUUCAGAGGUAUAUAUAUAUGGACCAAAAUUUCAAACCUUAACGGCCGGUUUAAUUAGAAGAAAAAUACCUGCGUAUCUUUAUUUUUGGUCAAGAAUACCUGCGGAUCUAUUAUGUGCAUACUAAUGAUUAAACAAGUCUCUGGUUUGUGUCGAUAAGGUCUAGUCAUGUGCAGGUAAGCGUGGAGUGGAGACAAAACAAUAUUCUAGUUGUACAUUUGGUAUUAGUAUUUUGUUUUAUUUGAUUUCCUCGUGGGUACUAACUAAUUCAUAACUAAUUAAUAGAGAAGACCAUAUCGUCGUAGUCAUUUAACAAAAAGGAAAAAAGCCAUCGUACUCUUAAACUAUUUGAUUACUUUCUUAAAGUAAUUAAAUAAAAUCAAGAGCACGUUCCAACGACGAUUCUAGGCAGCUCAUCUUGCGGAUCAACACAUGAACUUAACCAACUCCAAAUACGAACCAAACUGGCUAAACAAAAAAAACAUAACUUCUGAUUUUGAUGAUUUUUUUCAUCAAUCUAUUUGAAAUAACAUUACUUUAUUGGUCGACAACACACCCUCAAGUCAAACCCAAAAUUUUGAUAAAUAAACGAUUUUUUUCUUUGAACACAAAAUAAACGAUUUUUUGAUGUGUUUCGUAACUUAAAGGUUGUUGAAAUAUUAAAUAUGGUCGAGUAAUAGUAAUUCUGUAUGUAUAUAUAUUGUUAAUUGUGAAUAAGAAGUGAAAUAAUGAUUAUUUUAAUUAGCGAGUAUGAAGAAACCUUGACUGCGUUGCCUAUAUAAGAAUCAAGACUCGCAGCAUUUUCUCAUCAUCAUAUCUUCUCCUUCUUUAGUUAUUAAAUCUUCACUUCUUCUUUUCUUCACCAAGAAUCAUAUGGCAUCUUAUUCAGCGAACACGAAGAGGGAGAAGAAGGUGUUUGACACUGAGGAUGACGUAGCUAAGGCUAUGGCCGAGUACACGUUCAAUCUCUCCAAAAAGUUCUGCAAGAAAAGAGGCUAUUUCACCAUCGUUCUAUCUGGUGGUGACCUCGUCCUUUGGCUCAAAAAGUUGUUGGUUCCCGAAUACGCUGACACUGAAUGGUCAAAGUGGCACGUCUUCUGGGUCGACGAGAGGGUUGUUCCAUUGGACGAUAAGGACAGUAAUUACAAACAGACCUUGGACAGUUUUCUCUCCGAGGUUCCUAUUCCAACUUCGAACAUUUACGCAAUAGACCAAAACUGUGCAGCCCUUGGUGAUGCCAAGGGCGCUGCAAUACUUUACGAGGAGUGCAUCAAAAGAUUGGUGAACCAAAACAUCAUCCGCACAUACAAAUCCUCAGGAUUUCCUCAGUUCGAUCUCCAGCUCCUAGGGAUGGGUCCAGACGGCCACAUGGCGUCCUUGUUCCCAGGACAUUAUCAGAUCAAGGAGAAGGCUAGUUUGGUGACUUAUAUCACCAACUCCCCAAAACUACCACCAAAGAGAAUCACCUUCACUUUACCAGUCAUCAACUGUGCUUCCUACAACCUCAUGGCCGUUUGUGGUGAGGCUCAAGCCGAUGCGGUUGCAAAGGUCUUUAAUGAUGAUUUCAACUUGCCUUCAGCUAGGCUCUCAGCUGAUACACAAGCCAUUUGGUAUCUCGACAAAGCGGCUGCGUCCGAGCUCCCAAAAUGCCUUUGAGAUUCAGUUCACUUUUUAUCUUGUAUCUCUUUCCUUUUACGUUUUCAAAUAAAAAGCUAUGGUCGGAUGUAAUAAAUAAGAUGGAGUUGGUUCGGCUGAAUCUUGCAAAACUGCUUUGUUUGUAUUUGUCUUGUCUGUGUUAUAAUAAAGUAACAAUAAUAAAUUUGGUUUGAUCCCGGUUUAAAGUGA